AUGGCCAAAAGUAAGAAGAAAGGCAGAGAAGAACGAGACAAAAAAAGGAAAAUUCUCCGGAAGAUCCAAAAAUUAAACAGGAAAGUCGAACGGUUCUUCGAGGGAGAAUCGAGGUUAUCCUCGCAGUCUACGGACAAUGAUCUUGACAGAGGGAACGUUUCUGUGAGGAGGAAAUACAACCUCCCACAGAAUGCGCUAGACGCAACCUGCGCCAGACGCAACCUGUGCUCGACACAACCUGUGCUAGACACAAUCCUUACGCCGGAGCUCGGUCUAGAACCGAGCAGUUCCCUCCCCGGGAAUUCCCUGGGGGAGCCUGGCCGCGACCCUAGCGUGGGCCACGAGUCGGGCGCAGACCUUGAGUCCGCAAACCUCAGGCCUAGCGUGGGCCUCGAACCUGGCGUGGGCCGCGAGCCCGACGUGGAUCUCGAGUCCGAUGGGGGCCUCGAGCCCGAGGUGCUGGAUAUCCUAGGUGCGGAUCCUUCCAAAUCCAGAGGUACGCAGUUCCCUUUACAGGAGGAACCUGAGUCUCGCUGGGGUCACUGGCUCUCAACCCAGCUUGGCAAAGAAGAAUUGGAUCAACUCUUGGACCAAUAUUCUCGCGAGUCCGACAAAUGUAAUUUCGAGGCGCCCAAGCAGAAUCCGGAAAUCGCAGCUAUGUCGCCGGAAGUCUUGGUGCAGCGAGAUCAAAAAUUCAUUACAUUACAAAAUACAGUCGGCUCGGCUUUGGUUGCCCUGGGCUCAGCUAUUUCUAGUCUUCUGGUCGACGAAGAGAUAGAUAAGCUCGAACUUCUCCGUCGUUUAUGCGAUUCGGGAAAGCUACUAACUCAAGUCCAUCGUGGCCUCUCAACCACUAGAAGAGCAUUCGUGUCUCCAGGCUUAAACAAGCAAGUCCGUGACGCUUUGGAGGGCAUUAACCCCGACAAAUUUCUCUAUGGUUCUAAUCUUUCUGAGAAGGUCAAGGAGGUUAGAGUUAUGUCAAAAAUCGGACAGGAACUCAGACCUCCCCCCAAGAAACAGACCAUACAGCGUUCGGGAAACUCGAAGGGCCCGUUUGUGAAAUUCAAGAAACCGCAAACGGGCUUCAAGUCUCGGAGCCAAUACAAGACGGCCAGCACGUCUCGAUACAAGCAGAGCCAGCAACGACAGGAGUCUCAGAAAGCCAAGAACCAAGCACAGCCUACGGCGGCACAAACAACAGCCCAGAAGGCGGAAAAAUAAAGGUAACGAAACCUGCAGGAAACCUCAGGUUCUUCUUCCACGAAUGGAAGGCGAUCGGUGCCGACCGUUUUACACUACAAUGCAUCAGGGGAUAUAAAAUACCCUUCGAGUCCAGUCCCAUGCAGUCAUACAUAGCAGUCGAACCUUCCCUUCCAGAAUCUGACCAGUCUCACUUACAUAGGGCAAUGGCCCAUCUACAAGAGUUGGCAGCAAUUGAACCGUGUACUCCUUGUAAAGGUCAAUUUAUCUCUACUUAUUUUUUAGUCGAUAAACCUAACGG